AUGUCCCUCGAUGCAUCAAGUAUCGGUUUAUUCCUCGUUACUGUUCUGAGUGCUGCUCUAUGGUUCCUCAAUACACGAUCAAAACUGCCGCUACCGCCUGGACCACCUCGACACUGGCUUUUUGGAAGUGAAGUCUCCAUUGAGACUCCAUACCUACGCUACGAAGAGCUCACUCAAAAGUAUGGCCCUAUAUUCUCAAUGAGACGAGGAAUGACAGACAUCAUAGUCAUUGGACGGUAUGAGCCAGCCCUCGAGAUCAUGGAAAAAGAAAAUGCCAUUCUGCAAGACCGCCCGAGAUCCAUUGCUGUCCAGGAAACGCUAUGCAGAAACAUGCGUAUGCUCAUGAUGCGUGCUGGAGAGCGCUACAAACGGUUUCGUAGAGCUGUCCAAUCCCAACUUCAUCCUCGAGUCAUACAGACGUAUCAACCGUUGCAAGUCAAGAAUGCCGUAAACCUGAUAAUGGAUCUACUAGACGAUCCUUCACAGCAUAUUGAGCACGCAAAACGGUAUGCGGCGUCUGUGGUCAUCACCCUUACCUACGGCAAGCCUUCCACAACGACGUAUGCCGACCCCCUGGUCCAAAAAAUCAUGAUGUUCAUGCGCCGGUUCGGCACUGUCGCAAGACAAGGCGCGUACUGGGUUGACACUGUGCCAAUACUCCGAUAUGUCCCCGGAUACCUCUCCGAUCUGCAUAAAUGGCACAAGGAGGAACUAGCCUUCUCUCGUUCUUCCGUCGACACAGUCAAAGAGAAAAUCAGACGUAACGAGGAAAUUAUCAAGCCCAACUUUGUCCAAAAUCUGCUGGAGAAAAAUGCCGAGUAUCAGAUGAAUGAGGACGAGAUUGCCUUUCUGUCUGGAGGGCUAUUUCUUGCUGGGGCUGAUACAACCGCUUCCGCGAUAAGCAUAAUGAUGAUGGCUGCGGCGUGUUUCCCCGAGGCACAACGCAAGGUUCAAGCGCAGUUAGAUACUGUCGUGGGUUUGCAUCGUGCACCCACAUAUGCAGACGAAUCAGACCUGCCAUUCGUUACUGCGUUCAUCUAUGAGUGUUAUCGGUGGCGACCAGUAACUGCUGCAGGGUUUCCUCAUAGAGCAACCAAGGAUAUCAUAUGGCAAGGGUACAGAAUUCCUGCUGGAGCAACUGUGAUUGGUAGUCACUGGUCAAUCGGCCGUUCUCCAGAGGUUUUCCCUGACCCAGAAGACUUCCGCAUAGAGAGGUGGCUGGAUUCUGACGGCGCAAUACGAGAUGACCUCAAAUCGCUAAACUUUGGUUUCGGUAGAAGAGUCUGCCCUGGCCAGCAUUUAGCAAACAAAUCUCUGUUCAUCACCACGGCUUUUGUACUCUGGGCAUUCCGUCUGAAGCAAAUGAAAGACUCUCCCAUUGACACUCUUGCCUUCACGCCUACAGUUAACCUCCAUCCUUUGCCUUUUAAUGUCCAGUUCGAGACACGGAUGCCGGUAGAUGACUUGAAGCAGAUCUUGAAUGAUCCCGUGUAA